CCACUAACAUCCCUUCCAAAACAGAACAACGUCAACAGUUCACUCUCCUCAGAUCAAAUUUCUCCCCGCUUACUUCAAAAUGCCGAUCAAAACAUGGCUCAGCGAGAAACUCGGAAUCCGUAUCCCUCUGGUGCAAGGCGGCAUGAUGUGGGUAGGUCGCGCGGAGCUCAUCAGCGCUGUCGCCAACGCAGGCUGUCUAGGCUUCCUGACCGCCCUCACACAACCCACUCCCGAAGCACUUCGCCUUGAGAUCCGGAAAACAAAGUCUCUGCUCAAACCCUCGGCUGUACAGUUUGGCGUCAACAUCACUCUACUUCCAUCGAUGAACGCGCCGGAUUACGCUGCGUAUGCGAGAGUCGUUGUCGAAGAGGGUAUCAAGAUUGUGGAGACGGCAGGUGACCCAACGCCAGUGUUGAAGUACCUGAAGGACAACGGCGUGACGGUUUUCCACAAGUGUGUUACGCUGAAGCAUGCGCUGAGAGCGGAGAAGUUGGGUGUGGACUGCAUCAGCAUCGACGGGAUAGAAUGCGCCGGACAUGGCGGCGAAUACGACACGACGUCUCUCAUGCUCCUCUCGCUGUGCGCCGAGCAGUUGAAGAUUCCAUACCUGGCGUCUGGCGGUUUCGCAAAUGGAAGGCAGCUUGCUGCUGCUCUGGCGCUGGGGGCCGUAGGAGUGAAUAUGGGGACGCGUUGGAUGUGCACAGUUGAAUCGCCCAUCCACCAGAACGUCAAGGACGCGAUCGUCAAAGCCACGGAAAAUGACACUGUUCUUGUGCUGAGGAAAUUCCGAAACACGACCAGACUUCAUAAGAACGUCGUAUCGAUGGAAGUUCACCAGAUCGAGAACACAAAGGAAGACGUCAAGUUCGAGCAUGUGGCACACUUGAUGAGCGGCCAGAGAGGGAAAGAGGUUUACGCAACUGGUGAUGUCGAUGCUGGGGUGUGGAGCUUGGGCAUGUGCGCAGGGUUGAUUCAUGAUGUGCCGACGUGUGAGGAGUUGGCGAAAACCAUGGAGAGGGAUGCUAUUGAAGUAUUGACACAAGGAAACGCGUUGGUGGUCGAGAGUGCGAAACUGUAGGUCGCUUGAUUUGCAUGUUGUGUUGUUUAGUACAGCGGUGCUGUUGUCCGAUUUUACUUUCAAUUUCUAGAACGAUAAAUCUAAUAUGUAGCUUUUGGUUGACGAAAUCAUGCAACAGCUUGACAACUACAACUAAGCUUAGUGUAGAAGACUUAUGCCUGGAAUUUUAGCAGUAUACGCCGGA